AUGUUCAAAAAUGAGUAUCAGGGGGGGCCGUUUGUUGAAAUCUUCAGUGCCCAGGGCAAAAAUCCUGGAGCAAAAUGGAAGAUCUUUGGCAGUCCAUCUGUAAUUUGGAAAGAGUUUGAUAAAGAAGUUAAAAGUUUUGUCUUUGUCCUUGAAGGCAGUAGCCAAACCAACAAAAUUCAGUUACCAAAGGAGAAUAAGCAAAUUCUUGGCCUGAUCCAGCGGUUUCUCGUACUUCAGAUUUACGUGCCCCUGGGACAAGACUUCUCUACUGAAUUGCUGAUAACUGAUUUAGGGAACAUUAAACGAAGACUGUAUUUAUCAACGGUCCAUAAGGAGCUAUCUGCAACCCCUCUCCAUGCAAAAAUUCCACUUUUUAUGAUCAAGCGCAAAAUUUGGUGCAAUCUGUGCAUUGACUUGGUGGCCUUCACCAGCGACAUUUUCAAGGGAGCCGUUUUCCAGUCUUUGGAUGGAAUCAUUGUCUCUGCCAAUUGCAAACUCCGAAAGAUCUUCACCCUGAAGUCCAAGCCUCGAGACACGGCUGAUAGAGAUGAUAUCUAUGGUGCUCCCUUCCCAACAGAGGAGCCUACGGAGAUCAUUCCUCGAAGCUGCCAAUUCACUACGGAUGUACCUCAAGUUACACAGCUGCUAAAUAUGACCAAGCUGCGCCAAACGGAAAUGAAAUUUGGAGGUCAGCCCUUAGCAUCCACAGAACCAGAUCAGUUUAUUAACAGAGGAUCAGGCACUGCAAGAAACAGUAAAAAUCAAGAUGUGUCUCACAUUGCAUUUGGAUCCAAGGUGCUUGGACCACCUCCUCCUUCUGGGAGAAAACACAGCAUGAGAACAUCUGCAGAGACUGUAAGGUCCAGAAGUAGCAGAACUUCCCAGCAGCCUACAAUAGAAAAAUGUACUAACAAGUCUGAAGUCUCAAGCCUACAGUUCUAUGAGUCAGAAGAACAAGGAGACAAAGAAAAUAUUCAUCUUGAAAAGCAAAUGACACCCAUUAAUGCUGAUCUCCAUAUUAUGCAUCCGCAUCCCCCUCAAGAACCAUCUGCAGAUAAGAAUAAUAAUAGACGGAGAUUACGGCUAAAAAGCACCAGCAAAGACAGAACAGAGACACCCAGUGGGAGCUCCUCAGGAAACAGCCGUAAUGAAGAUAUGACCCCGGCCAAGCUGACUACUGUGUCCCAUCAGAGAAUGAACUGUCCAGUGACAUUAGAUGUCGCCAGUCAUCAGCAACAAUCUCCUCAUCAAAUAGAGUCAGAUGAGUGGGUAUUUCCUGAAAAUUACAGAGAUCAUUUUCAUUUGGACUCCAGUAAACAGUCCAUACCCCUGGAUGAUGAUUCCUGUAAUGAUUCUCACCAGUUGCCUGAAAACAGCAAAGAAAGUGAAAAUAGCAUUGAAGGAGAGGAAGCCCAGAGUGCUCCAAAUGAGAUCUUUACCUUUUCCUCGAGGCCAAGGUCUGUGCCCCACGGCAGGUGUCCGACAGUGUUUCCAGAAGCGCGCCCUUUUCUCCUGGCUCUGAAGGAGGAGGAUGACAUUGGGAAGAGGAGAGGAGCCCAACUGGAAGAUGACUUCUGUGGUGGUGACAGCAGUGAAGAGGCUAACCAGAGUCCUUUCACCCAUGAUACCCCAGGCUCUCCAGCUAGCCUCAGCACGUCAGGGUUAUGUGAGUUCACAGUUUCCUCAGAGCUGCUGUUAGAGAGGAUGAGGAGGAAGGCUGGAAGCAGGACACACCAAGGAUAUGUAAAAAGUGCUUGUGUGGAGACAGCAGCCACUGAGACCUGGAACAAUGUUCAGAAGGACGUGGAGCCUACCCCGUGCCUCUCUCCCACUCUAAGAAGGCCUGAUUUGUCGAAGGAAACUCCCAGCAGCAGCACCAAGUCCAACGACCUUCCAGUCUGCCACCAAGUAACAGCAUCAUUAAACAAAACCUCCCUCAAAGAAAUCCCAGUGGAAAAUGCAGGACCAAUCACUGACACACCUGAUUAUGACUGGACAGACUACCAGCCAAGCCAAAUGAGUGAAUCAGAGUUACAGAUGCUGGCCAGCAUGAGAAGGCAGCAGAUUGAAGAAUUAGAAGAUACCGGGGUCUCCCACGGCCUCAGCGCGUCUCAGGUGGACAACUGUAACGUCAGCAUCAGUAGCAGCAGCGACGAUACCACCACGUGGAACUCGUGCCUACCGCCCCCUGUCAAUCAAGGUCGCCAUUAUCAGAAAGAAAUGGAUCCUCCUUCUCCUUCGAACCCUCGGGAUUGGUUAAAUGUGUUCAGCCCACCUAUUGUGCCCCCUAGCCAGCAGCCUACAGAGCACCUGGAUUCCUCAGGAAGUUUGAGUGUUCAAGGCGAAGACGACUUAAGUGCUGAUGAAGACGAGGAAGUGCUGACCCUGUUGUACGACCCGUGUCUGAACUGCUACUUCGAUCCCCAGACCGGCAAAUAUUACGAACUGGCUUAAUCGUCGCCCCCCCAUCGGGCAGGAAGCAGCCCCCCAGGCAGGACAGCAGGAAACGCAUCCUUUAGCGCUUUGUCAAGGCUUCCCAACAGGUGGCGCAGCGCGUGGUCACUUUCAAUCAAAUGCAGUUUGGUGGAGAAUCAAAUCUAUUUGUACCUACUGUUGGGAGGCCAAAAUAGCUGCCUCCGUCCUAGUUUGUUCCUCCGCCUCUAAAUCCCCCUGAAAGAAGAGGAGGAUGGCGAGCCUUGGGACGCCCCCGGGGGCUUGUACUUAUUGUUCUUAGCAAAUAGUUGAUUUCUUUUCUUUCCAAUUAUAAUUCUUAUGUAAGCCAAUUAAGAGUUAUUAAUUCGUAUGUUUUGCAGUGUUAAUGUGUAAAUGAUGGCUUGAUAUCCAGAAACUGUAUUCUUUUCUUACCUGUUAAAAAACCUACUUGGGCACCUUCUAUUUUAUUAUACAUUUGUAUUACCAGAAAGAAAAUAAAGUGUGAUAGUCAA